AUGUCCGAGGGCAAGGGCAUCGACAACUCGUACACGAGCUUCCUAAGGCGAUCUGCAAAGAUCAGCUGUUCUCUAGGCGGCUGUGGCAAGGACGUGGAUGCUAUCGAGAGCACUAUCAGGGAGCACAUCAACUCAGCCCAUUCGGAUAUGCUGAGCACGCGCGACCUUGCGGUCUUGGUCUCCGAGUUUCGCAGGAUCAAGAGCCCGAACUCUUCCGCCAGAGCUCGAGGCCGCAGCUCCAGCCCACAACGGCGAUCGAGGGCCGCCAAGAUCGGCCAUGACGCGGACUUUAGAAGGUCGACAACGAGCGGUGGCUCCUUGUGGACACCGCAAAAGGGUGGCUCGUCGAAGAAGCCCACCAGGCCGCGGGUUGCCGAGCCGUUGCCUGCGGCUGUCGAGAAGCCCUUCAAACAGCUCGAGACUCGCCCAAUCAGUCAAGAUCAGCUUGUUGCAGAGGUGAAGGGCAUCUACGCCGGACUGGUCAUGGUUGAGUCAAAGUGCAUAGAGGUUGAUAAUGCACAGUCAUCACAGAAUGAUGCAAAGUUGAACAACGAACAAUGGCAAGCCCUGAUAGCCCUUCAUCGGACACUCCUCCAUGAGCAUCAUGACUUCUUCUUGGCCAGCCAGCAUCCAGCGGCAAGCCCGGCUCUGAAGCGACUCGCCACCAAAUAUGGCAUGCCCGCGCGCAUGUGGCGCCAUGGCAUUCAUUCAUUCCUCGAACUUCUCCGGCAUCGUUUGCCAGCCUCGCUCGAACACAUGCUCACAUUCAUCUACUUGGCUUACUCAAUGAUGGCUCUCCUGUACGAGACCGUUCCUGCAUUCGAGGACACGUGGAUGGAAUGUCUGGGCGAUAUCUCUCGCUACAGGAUGGGGAUAGACGACGACGACUUUCGUGAUCGGGAGAUCUGGACAUCAGUCUCCCGCCAUUGGUACUCCAGAGCAAGCGACAAGUCACCCCCGAUCGGUCGCUUGUACCAUCACCUGGCCAUCCUGGCCAGACCAAACACCCUGCAGCAACUCUUUUACUACACAAAAUCACUUUGCGUGCCAGCACCUUUCCUUUCGGCGCGAGAGUCUAUCCUUACAUUAUUCGACCCGCUGCUCAAGAGAUCAAGCAAGGCUCUCAAGCUCGCGUCGAUCGAUACAGAGUACGUCAAGUGUCAUGGGAUCUUGUUUACUGGACAAUCUCGGGACGAGCUCAAGUCUACCACGGAUCGGUUCAUUGCUGCGCUGGAUAACCACAUCACCAAAAUCGGCAGGCGCUGGAUGGAGUUUGGCUAUUACACGGCUGUGGCCAACAGCUGUGCCAUCAUGGGCUACGGGAAGGAGGACAAUUUCAUUGCGAAAGCUUUUCAGCAAAAGGCUGAACCCGCCGAAGCACAAACGCUCACACAGGAAGCCACGCCUCAUGACACUGCACCGGACCCAGACGUGCAGGAUGCCCUACGAUUGGCAAAUGGAACGGCAGGCGUUGUUCUGAAGCGGCGUGGGGACGACAGCGUCUUUCCGUUCUUCCACGUGUCCUUGGCGUUUCUCUAUCAUGCAGCUCAGUACAACAACGUUGUUGGUACGGUCGGAAGAUCGUUCCCUUGGGAACUGGUCUGUGAGCUGCUCAAUUCGAUGCUUCUCUCAUACCGCACCCACGAGCGCCUCCAGAGCAAGGAGUUUCCUUUGCCUGCCGGCAGGGCGACUCCACGUCCCCUUCCCGAAGAUUUCGCCAUGAAGGGGCUGACGUGGACAACCAACUAUUACCCAGAUGACUUCUUCGCGGACGACAAGAUUGACGAUGAUGAGAAGUAUUUUGAAGUCGCGUCGAUGAUUGAUGAGAGACGUGAGCGGAUCUUGUGGCUAGCGACUCGUCUCGCGAGAGACCAACAUUGGCUUGCCGUCAACGAGUCGUUCACCACGUUCAGUCUUCUUGACGCCACCACAAACGACGCAGGGCACUCGUCGAUAGUACCUUCCGACGUAGUCAUGACGGAUGCCGACAAGCCUCUGUGA